AUGGGCCUGACAACGCCACCAGAUGUCUUUCUCAAGCACCUGCCGAACAUCCUUCCGAAAGUGGAGCCUGCCCUGAUGCAGAUCAACUCCUCCGAACUGAGCGAUGAGGUCAAGCGCAAGCGCAAGAACGUGGCUUUCCUGCGGGCGCUGAUUGAAGAAUCCAAGUUCGGCGACAAUGUGAGGUUGGCCGAAGCGAUCAUGAAGGACAUCCUGUCGAAUCCCUACUUCUCAAGCGAACCGGGCCUGGUCAUGGCCUUUAUCAACUACUCUCCUGCCUUCAAUCGACUGCUGGCCAAGUACAUUUUCACAACGCGGCACUACCCCAUGGAGAUCAUGCGUGAGUGGAUCAAGAGCGUGGUCGAGAAGGGCGACGCCGACAGGGACAUUUCCAAGUUUGUCCUCUCCAAACCGCCCUUUACCGAAGGACCCGACCCAAUCAAGGAUAUGAUCAUCAAGCGCUGCAUGGGCACCACAGGGCGUUCCAUCGGCCCACAGCUCGAGUUGACGCCUGGUACGGUAAUCAAGACGUCCGGAUACAAGCUGAAGGUCCUAUCGUGUGCUGGAAAGGGGAACACUGGCGCUGUAUAUAAAGCACAAACAAUGAAUGGCAAGGGAGAACAGAUCGUCGGGCUCAAGGUGUGUGUAAAGUACGAGCCCGAGGUGAUCCUCUCGAUGCAACGAGAGAGCAAGAAGAUGGCAUUUUUGGAAGAGCUUCAAGUGUGCAAGUACACGGCUAUCCUCGAGGCGGGUGACGAUUACGCCGUGAAGGAGUGGGCCGAGGGCAUCACCGGGGUGGAGUGGUUCAAGGUGUGGGAGAUGGACGGCGCCAAGACGAGCGACGAGAGCUUCCGCAAGCUCAUCCAGCUCUUCCGGAAGGUGGGCGAGAAGAAGAUCUACCUCCAGAACUUCAAGCCGCACAACCUCCUCUGGGAUCAAGAGCAGCGACUGUGGCAGGUGAUCGAUUAUGGAGGGCAUAAGGCACUCAACACCCCCGAGGAGGUGGUGGAGAAGUACUACGAGAAGUUCGAUGACAUGUGGAAUAAGAACAAGAAGCUCGUGCCCUCGUGCGCCGAGCUCGUGCGGCGGAUGCAGAGAGAGAAGAAGAAGUUGGAGGACUCGCGACGAACAGCGUCAUCGACAUCCACACCGACGCCGACACCAUCGCCGCUGUCGGGCGCGUCGAUCUCCACGUCGGCCUCUUCGUCGUCGAUCCCCGCGCAGCCGUUCAACGGUGCCGCCAGUGUAAAUGGUAAGGCGAAGGGAAAGGAGAAGGAGCAGCAGGAGAAAGAGAAGGAGAAGAAGGAGCAGCAGGAGCAGCGCGGGGAGAAGGAGAAGAAGGAGGAAGAGGAGGAACAGUCCGCGGCAGCAGCGGCGGCGCCAGGCAAGAAAGGUAAGAAGAGCACCAAGAAGGAGAAGAAGGAAGAGAAGAAGAAGGAGAAGAAGGAGAAGAAGAACAGCAGCAAGAAGGAGAGCAUAGAGAGGAGUAGAUCGGUGGGAGAGAGUGAGGAGGGAGAGGAGGCGGAGGGCGGUGGAGAAGGAGGCGGCGGUGGUGGUGAGGGGGAGGCGAAGAAGAAGGGCAGUUUGCUAAUGAUCAAAACUUCCAAAUCCAAGAAGACGAAGAAGAGAUGA